AUGUUUUACGAAAGCCUGAAAUGCGAAACCGUCUUCUAUCAGUGGUGGUUGAUGAGGCCCAUGUUGUGUCGCAUUGGGGUUCUGGCUUUCGAAAAAAAUACGGAACAUUGGGAAUUCUCCGCGCUCUACUGCCAAAAGACAUUCCAAUGGUUGCUAUGUCAGCUACCCUUCCUGCGCGAGUUCGUCACGACGCCCGUUCUUCUAGUUGAAAAAUUAGCAUACGAGUGCGACUUGACAAAGAUAGGAUCAUCAGUCAUAUCAACUGUUAAAGCCAAAAAAACAAAGAACAUACGUGAGGCUACAAUAUAUCCCAAAGCAACCGACAAAGACUAUGCUAUAAACCAUGGAUCUCGCCGUGGAGCGCAUGGUGCACACAAUACUACCCUCGACUCUAAUUGCGAUGUUCCUGUGGACUUGCAUGCCAUUGACAAAGAAGGUGCAGUAGACCCAGAACUGCGAAAAGUUAUUCUGGAAUGGCGCAAGUCUUUGUGGCAUCGUGAUUUUGGAGAUUCAAUGUUUGGACCAUCUGGUAUACUGUCAAAUAAUGCUGUCAAUAAGCUGGCUUCGUAUGGUGCAAUUUUGCGACUAACCAAGCUCAAUGAAAUACUAGGAGGAAAUUGGCCCUGGUUUGGUAAGUAUGGUGAUGAACUUCUAGCACUGUUCAGAACAACAGUAAUCGCACCUGCUAAACCCAAGCCCUCAAGGGCUCAAACAACCGCUAAACGAACAUUGGAUGGAAUCAUGGGGGUGAGGGAAAAUUUUCCCGCCAUGGCACGCAUUGUGGACAACCCUACGGACGCCGUCCCACCGGAUUACACCCUGCCCGCCUUUCAAGCUGUUCGCAAUGCCCACAAAGCAGCCGUUCCGGGCGUCACUGACGAACAAGCUGUGGUGGCGCUUAAAGCGAUAUGGCACGCCAUGAACGAGGUUCAGAAAGCCGCGUUAUCAUACCCCAAUCCUGAUUGGAGAUGA